AUGAGCAACAAUGCAAGCAGACCCGAGGCCGCCAGCCGUCCCGCCGCGACAACAGCAGUGUCUGGUCUCCAGGCCUUGGCACCCAUCCUGAGCUACUGCAUCGCCAGUAUCACCAUGACUGUCUUUAACAAGUACGUCCUCAAUACCAAGUUCAGCCUGAACCUCGUCGUGCUCCUCAUCCAAUCCAUCGUUGGCGUCCUUCUCGUCAUCGGAGCUCGCAGCUUCAACUGGAUUGAGAUUCGACCGCUCAACAUGAAAGACGUCAAGCUGUGGUUGCCAGUCAGCACUCUCCUUGUCCUUGUUAUUUGGACUGGAAGCAAAGCCCUGCAAUUCCUCACCAUGGCCGUCUACACGAUCUUCAAAAACUUGACAAUCAUCCUCAUCGCUUACGGCGAGGUCCUCUGGUUCGGCGGCAAAGUCACGAGAUUGACGCUCUUCAGCUUCAUUCUCAUGGUCUUCUCGUCGCUCAUUGCCGCAUACAACGAUAUCGCUGGCUUCCUCCUCAUCAACAGCAUCUCCAUGCCUCACACUCCAGAUUCGCUCGCGGGAUCGACGAUUGACCCAAAGACGGGCGCUCUCACAGCGCCGUUCGACGCUCUCGGCGAACAAAAGGCAGAGAUCGCUGCCCUGGAAAGCCAGCAGGGCCUUAAUGACGAGGUCCUCGAGGGUCUCGGUGGAUGGGGCAUCCUCAAUAGUGGUUACCUGUGGAUGGGGCUCAACUGCGCCUGCAGUGCCGCCUACGUUCUCUAUAUGCGCAAGCGCAUCAAGGUCACGGGCUUCAAGGACUGGGACACGAUGUUCUACAAUAACCUUCUCACCAUUCCCGUCCUGCUUGGAAUGUCUCUUGUUGUUGAGGACUGGUCGAGUGCCAACUUCGAGCGCAAUUUCCCCAAGGAGACUCGCCAUACGCUCAUCACUGCCAUCAUCUUUUCGGGCGCGUGCGCCGUUUUCAUCUCCUACACCACGGCCUGGUGCGUGCGGGUGACGUCGAGCACGACGUACAGCAUGGUCGGUGCCCUCAACAAGCUUCCCCUCGCUCUAAGCGGCAUGGUCUUCUUUGGAGAGAUUGCGACAUUUGGACGUAUCUCAGCCAUCGGCGUUGGCUUUAUUGCCGGCCUCGUCUAUGCCUACGCUAAGAACCUGCAGGCAAAGCAGGGCAAGGCGUCGACAAGCACGCCGGCAACGGGAGUCGAAUCAUCACGCGGCGGAAGCGCGCAUGGACGGAGCGACGGCGUGAUCCCGAUGCACAACAUGAAUGGCACCCAGCAAAAGGGGGACCGCGAGGACUAG